AUGAGUUCUCAAGCUGACCUCUAUAAGCAGCUUCAAUGCCAAAAAUGUGAACGACGUUUGAACAAACCUUUAGAAUUAAAAUGUCAACAUUACAUAUGUCGAGACUGUCUUGAAACUAUUCUUCGCAACCAUCGUACUCAGGCGCAAUGCCCAACUUGUCAUCAAGCUCUUGGAGAUUAUAAAAUUGAAAAUUAUGAGUAUCUUAAGCCAAAACAUCCUAUUUCCCGUCUUCUAGCAUCUUGGAAUGAUGUUGAUCAGUGUACGACAUGUAAAACAUUUACAGUGGUUGAAGCGUGUUCUCAAUGUUCGAAAGAACAAUGUGAUUCGUGUGCUGCACAACAUGAAGAGACUCAUCGUCUAUCAGAAAGCCAAUCUGCGAAUAAUUUCAACGAUUUUUCUGAAGAAGAAAACAAAAUUCUUGAAUCGAUUCGAAAAGAUUUAACUGAUAAAGAAUACGAAGAUUUCGUUUGUACAGCCGCCGCUCAUUUGAAUCAUGCAGUGUCGAACACGGCUGGAACAAGUUCGCCAUCAUCAAGAAAUGAACUCAGAACAAGUGUUGAGAAUAUAAUCGGUUCUACAAAACCAAUUUAUGAUUGGUCCAAACAUGAAAAAUUCACUGCUGAUGAUAUCGUCAAUAGUAGACCAGAACGCGUGAAGCAAUUGUUACGACUAGACUUCACUCCUCGACCAUAUCAGAUCCGAAUGGUUCGAGCAGGUCUGAAACGAGAAAACUCACUUGUCUGUCUACAAACUGGUGCGGGAAAAACAUUCGUCGCUGGUAUUAUUGCUAAAUUCUUCCACAUACUUUCGCUGCAAAAACUUCAACAUGCAUCUGCAACAUCUGAGAGUACAUCACGCCGGUUCAAAGCCGUUUUUCUCGUUCCCAUAAAAGCCUUAGUCGAUCAACAAUGUGCUGCAUUUCGAAAGGUUUUCAUGGAUGAGCCCGACUCGAUCCUACAGAUGAUCGACAAUCAAGUUGGCGAACGAUUUGAAAGUCUCUAUCGAUCACACGACAUAUUCUUUUUUACAGUACAAAAAUUUGCUAAUUUUAUCGAUGCGAAACAUGCAGACUUGAGCAAAUUUGAUUUGGUCAUGGUCGAUGAAUGUCAUCACUGCUACGAUAAUCAUCCAAUCAACACUAUGAUGCAUCAAUAUCAUCGAUUGAAACUAUCGAAUCGUGCCGUACCACAAAUAAUUGCUUUAACAGCAAGUGUUGGUACGAAUAAAAAGAAGGCUUUCGAUCAUCUGGUUCGUCUCUGUGCUAAUCUUGAUUGUUACAAUAUUUGUGCCAUUAGCAAAGGCGCUGAAGAAGAUGAACUACGAAGUUCAACUAAUACACCAUUAGCAGAUACAAUCGUUGCAGUUCCAAAAGAAGAAAACGAUCCGAUUGUUUUAUUUCUGAAGGACAACGUGAUGAAAAGCAUUGCUCAACGUCUCGCACUGGAUAUAUCAAUGAUGACUACCGAAAAAUUAGAUAAUUUUCUUGUUUUAGAACAUACGAGUGCUUGCAAAACGAAUGAUCGGGAUGCUAUCAUUGGUUGCCAUUAUUUACGAGAAUUAAAUCUUUUCAUUCGCUUUUACCAAGAUUUGCCUCUGGAGCAAUGUACGGAAAGAUUAGAACAAAUCUUACAAAGUUCGUCGCCUAGUAAACCAACACCAUUCGAUACAUUUUGUCAACAAAAACUGAACGAAUUUCGUAAUCUGGCUACAAAACAGAUAUCAUCGAAAGCUCCGGCUCAAGCGAAAUUACAGAAACUGGUUGAGUUAAUCGAGAGUCUGCACGCACCCAAUCAUCGAGUCCGCACUAAAUUUCAUACAGUAGCUUUAGAAAAAUUUCUAAAUCAGCAUCCAAGAAUAGCUCAACGUCAAAUAUCCGUUGGACGUCUGACUGGGCAAGGACCAGCAGAGGACCUUUGUUUACCAGGUAGUCAGCAAGGAGCGGUUUUGGAUGCAUUUAGGAAGGGUGACAAAAAACUACUUGUUGCUACUGAUGUGGCUCAGGAAGGAUUGGAUGUAGCUGAAUGUUCGUAUGUUAUUCGAUAUGAAUUCGUAUCAAACGAAAUCGGCACGGUUCAAAGUCGAGGACGAGCUCGGGCUGCACAAAGUAAAUGUUUUCUAUUAACUGAAGCACUAUCGUUGAAUUAUCAACGCGAACUCGAUAAUCGUGAGCGUGAGGAUGAAAUGAAACAAGCUCUGGAAGAAUGGCGUAAACUGGGAACUAGUGAAUUUCGAGUGCUAGUAGAUACCCAAGAAAAAGAAAUAAUCAGGGAACUAUGUAAGAGCGAUGGUUUACCAACAGUAUCAAAUGAUUUGGAAAAUAGUCAACCUAGUGCGAAAGAAAUUCGUUGUCGGUUUUGUGAUAAAUUAUUAUGCAAAGGAUCAAGUUUACGACGUCAAGGUACUACCGUUGUAUGUAAAGACCCAGCAUUCGAACGAUUAGUCAAUCCACCGAAGACGACUGGAGCGAAAUUUCUCUGCCCAAAUCCAACCUGUCAGCGGGAGCUAGGUGGGGUCAUUUUAUUAUCACGAAAUGAACCAGCAUAUGCAUUACAAAUCACAUCAUUGAAAUUUGUUAUGAACUCGGUGGAAGAACCACGUCUUUUUAAAAAAUGGAGUUUAUAUCAAGACGUGUCAGAAGCAAAAGCGUUAGUCAUUCCAACAGCCACUUACUACAGCAGUGUUCUCUUUAUUUCAUACUUUCGAUAUAAAUACAUUAUUUCUAUAUACAUAUAUUUCCUGUUAUGUGGUCAUCACAAGGAAAUACCGAUUACAGUUCGACUGAGCGAUCCGCUCAUUCGUGCGGUGUUUUCGCCCAAAUCCACAGAUCCAACAAAUCUCGGUGUUAAUAUGUGUAUGAAUAUAUUGGACGGUGACAAUUCACCACGUGUAAAAGAUAAUACUGUUAAAGAUGUUUCACAACGUUUACAGAACAUGAAAAUAUUUACUGACAGUGAUAAUGAUAAAAAACCACAUGAUAAUUCAAAUGAAUAUCAUGCCGAUGAUGGUAAAUCCGUUGAAACAGUAGGCGAUAAUGCUUUACCAAAUACAAGUCGUAAACAAUCACCACGAGCAUCACCUGGUCAUAUUCAUAAUGACUUACCAAAUGGUAAUACCAAUGAAAAUCUUGCUACCAAUGAUCCUAUAGGCCCUCACAAUGAUAUUAAUGAUAGUGGCUUACCAUCAGUACAUUCGGUAAUGAAUGGUAUGCCGACAGCAUCUGUACCGAUUCCUUUCCAACGAAUGCAAACAAAUGAUGCUCAACAACAAAUGUUACUUUACCAACAACAACAACAGCAACAACAAGCUUAUCAAGCACAACAGUAUCAAAUGCUACAACAUCAAGCUACUCAUUAUGAAAUGGAUCCACGUACUACAAACUUUCAAUCAUUCGACUAUACAAUAAUUCAGCCACAAUCAUAUGAAAGUCAAUCAAUCAUAUCUGCCUUCAACCCACAAGCACCAGGUACGAAUCAACAAGAUCCGCAACUAGCUAAUCUUGCUCAAGGCCCACUCAUGCCUUGGCUACAAACUACAGUCGCUGCAUCUCAACAAUCUGGUAAUCAACAGCCACCAUAUGGUUCAUCGUCUAAUCAAUACAUACUUAACAACAAUCAAGACAAUUAUUUACAAACAUUAGCAAAUUUUCAUCAAUCACCAGCUACACAUCCAUCAUUUCAACCGCAGUAUUGGUCCGCAGUACCUCCUGCUCUAGUGUUCCCAGCUCCACCACAAGCAAUGUUAGCACAACAACAAACACUAAAUAACGAACCACAAUCCCCACAAUCCAAAGCAAAUAAUGCGAAUAAUCGACCUUUGACACCGUCGAAUUCAAAUGAUUUAUUGAGUACAUCACAACCAAAUCAACCACCAUUUCUAAGCAUGCCGCGUGCUGCACAAACACCAGUGAACUUUCCAUUCUAUGCAGCUGCAUCGCCAACAUUUCUCGAUCCAAAUCUAAUGAUGCAAUCAUCUCGAGCACCCAAUGGUUCACCUGGUAUUCGCAUGUAUCAACAACAAGUACCAAUUCCAAUCAAUACAAAUAAUCAAGGUGGUCUUUAUGGAAGUCCAGUAGCAGGAAGUUCGCUUUCAAGUUCAUUCAAUGAUGCAUACACUGUUCCAAAUCAGCGACGUGAUGGUUCCAUAGUUGAUUUCUCUCGAUUUCCAGGUGAUCCUCGUUUAUCUAAACAAGGUCAACAGCAGCAACAAACGCCAAUGUUUCAUGGCCAAAUUAGUGGUCUACCACCAUCACCUGCUUAUAACAAUCUAAUACCAUCAAUGACUCCCCCGCCGACUUCCAAUAACGCAACAUUCGAUGGUAUCUUCAAUACUCGAUUCUUUCCUUCGAAUGCUCCAUCUACUGGUGGAUCUCAACAACAAAUCCUCAAUGGUAACGAAAUGUACGCUGGACGUCGUAGUGUCGGCAGCAUCAGUGGAACAAUGCCAAGUUUCUAUCCUCCAAAUGUAUUCGGUGGUAAUGGAAACAAUGUUAAUAAUAUGCCAGGAAAUGGCAAUGCGCGUGAUGCCAAUAUCAAUCGAAGUAAAUUAUUGGAUGACUUUCGCAAUAGUCGAAUGCCGAAUUUACAAUUACGUGACGUUAUUGGUCAUUUUACUGAAUUCUCCAUGGAUCAACAUGGCUCGAGAUUUAUACAGCAAAAACUAGAACGUGCAACUAAUGGUGAAAAAGAUAUGGUGUUCAAAGAAAUUCUUCCUAAUUCAUCUCAAUUGAUGACUGACGUCUUCGGCAAUUACGUUAUUCAGAAAUUUUUCGAAUUCGGUACAACGGAACAUAAGGGUCUUUUAGCUCACCGCAUUCGCGGAAAUGUUUUAACACUUGCAUUACAAAUGUAUGGUUGUCGCGUAAUUCAAAAAGCCGUCGAGACCUUACCUAACGAAUUUCAGUUACAAAUAGCACGAGAGUUAGAAGGCAAUGUUGUUAAAUGUAUUGAAGAUCAAAAUGGUAAUCAUGUUAUCCAAAAAUGUAUUGAAUGUUGCUCGGCUGAUAGCAUCGAAUUCAUUAUCCGGGACGUGACAAGACAAGUUUUUUCACUCUCUGCACAUCCAUAUGGCUGUCGGGUAAUUCAGCGUAUAUUGGAAAAUUGUAAUGAAUUUCAAACACGACCUAUACUGGAUACUUUAUACAAUGAAUUAGACAAUCUUGUUCAAGAUCAAUAUGGAAAUUAUGUUAUUCAACAUGUGUUAGAACACGGUAAACCCGAAGAUCGUGGCCGAAUUAUUAGUGCUAUAACCGGUCGUGUGUUGCAGUUGUCUCAACAUAAAUUUGCCAGUAAUGUGGUGGAAAAAUGUGUAACAUUCGCUACGAGGGAUGAGAAAAGACAAUUGAUCGAUGAAAUUAUCACAUCGGGCGACGGACCAAAUUGUGCAUUGUUAACAAUGAUGAAAGAUCAGUUUGCUAAUUAUGUUGUGCAAAAAAUGAUCGAUGUUGCCGAACCAGCUCAACGAAAAAUUCUCUUACAAAAAGUUCGACCACAUAUUCAAUCGCUUCGCAAGUUUACCUAUGGCAAACACAUAAUCACUAAACUUGAAAAAUAUCUCAGUAAAACUGCAGACAUGCCUGCAAUGUCCUCAUCAAAUUCAAACGGUUUACCACAUUAUGACAAUUAA